AUGGACAAUUGUGUAUUGUUAAAUGUUAACUUUAAACCACCAAAAGCAUACUCUCGUGCAUCACAAACUGACAUGACAAUCAAGCAAUGUAAUCAAAGUUUUGAGAAAUCUAUCGACUGUAUGAUCAUUCCUAUUGACAGCAGUGACAUACAUAUACCAAUGUACAACAACUUUCCAUUCAAUUUGACUCAAUCUUAUGCUGGGAAUAUUGGUUUUUAUCAACUUGACGACAAAGCGAAAAACCGCACGCAGUUCAAAACUCAAUCAAAACGCUAG